CAAAGUUGAAUUGAUCUUCCUCUUUCCUCGCAACGGACGUACCCGGCUUUACGAGUUUAUAAAUCAUGCUUAUUUCCAAGGAAAACCGUAAGGCUAUUUACGAAACUCUUUUCAAGGAUGGUGCUUUGGUCGCUGCCAAAGACUUCAACCUCCCCAAGCAUCCUGAAAUUGAUGUGCCCAAUUUGGAAGUCAUUAAGGCUAUGCAAUCCUUGACCUCCAAGGGUUUUGUCAAGACUCAAUUCUCCUGGCAAUACUAUUACUAUACUCUUACCGAUGAAGGUAUUGAUUAUCUCCGUGAAUAUCUUCACUUGCCUACCGAAAUUGUUCCUGCUACCUUGAAGAAGGCUGCUCGUCCUGCUGCUCCUCGUCGUAACUUCGGUGAAGGCCGUGAAGGUGGUCGUGGUGCUCGUGGUGACCGUGAUGACUAUCGUCGUAAGGAAGGCGCCUCUGGUGACUUCAAGCCUGAAUUCCGUGGUGGUUUCGGUCGUGGUCGUCGCGAAUAAAUAUAUACAUAGUUUAGCUACCUUUUUCUUUGUCUACUUUUCUAUGAUCAAUAAAUACUGAUUGAUAUAUUUUGAACCCUAA